AUGGGUGAACCGGUGUCGUAUAAGGUGCUCGAGUGCCCGGAGCUGGGCCGGUACGGGGUGGCCGCGAGGGAUCUUAAGGCGGGUGACCGCCUCUUCACGGAGGUCCCCUUUGCGGUCGGACCGAAGCUCGACAGUCCUCCGCUUUGCCUCGAGUGCUGCUGCCCGGUGGACGGUGGCGAGGACGGUCCCCGGUGUCCCCGCUGUGGUUGGCCACUGUGCGAAGAGUGUGGGGCGGAGGGCGUCGAGUUGGAGUACCACCGGGCGGAGUGUGAGCUGUUCGCGGCGAGUCGCGUCCGUUUCCGGCCGGUCGAUGAUUCAACGGCCGGCUGCGUGCAGCUCGAUUGCAUCACGCCGCUUCGGGUGCUGCUGGCGCUGGAGGCGGACGGUGGGCGGGAGCGUUGGGAGCGGGAGAUCGAACCGAUGGAGUACCACGACGAGGCCCGCCGGGACAGCGCCAACUGGCGGGUGGACGAGAACAACAUUGUGGCGUUUCUGCGGAACGCGUGCGGCCUGGCGGACCGGUUCUCGGCGGAGCUGAUCCAGCGAGUGAUCGGCAUCCUGGACGUGAAUGCGUUCGAGGGUCGCACCUGCAACGGGUACAGUGUGCGCGGGCUCUAUCCACAGCUGGCCAUCAUGGCGCACAACUGUGUCCCGAACGUCGUACAUUCAAUCCACCCGAGCGAGGGUUUUAGACUGGAGGCACGUGUUGCGGUCGACGUUGCGGAGGGCGAGAAGCUUUACACGACCUACACCUACACGAUGACCGGAACCGUCGCACGGCAAUCCAUUCUGGCCGCUAGCAAGUUCUUCACCUGCCGCUGCACCCGAUGCCUCGAUCCGACCGAGCUUGGCACACACUUUAGUACACUGCUGUGCAGCAAGUGUUCCGUGGGUUUUAUUACCACGACAAAUCCUUUAGAUGAGAAUGCAGAAUGGAAAUGCAACCAGUGUGCGUUCAAAACGUCCGGUGCGGCCGUUCAGAAGGCCGUCAUGACGAUGCACAAUGAGAUCGACGAGCUGGCCUGCCUCGAGUACGACGCCAGCAGGUUGGAGGCGUACGAACGGGUGUUCAAGAAGUUCCGCAGUGUGCUACAUCCGCUUCACUUCAUCAACACCUCCAUCCGGCACAGCCUGAUCGAGCUGUACGGUCGGAUCCCCGGCUACGAGAUGGCCGAGCUGCCGGACAUUCUGCUCGAGCGCAAGGUUGAACUGUGUCGCGACAUUCUACGCGUGCUGGACGUGUUUGAACCGGGUCGGACUCGAGCCCGCGCCAUGGUCCUUUACGAGCUGCACGCCCCGCUGAUAAUGCUGGCUCAGUCGUCGUUUACACGCGGCGAAGAUCGACGCGAGGGCCGUACGCUGAAGGAGCAGCUCGUCGAGGCCGCCCAGAUACUGGAAGAGUGUGGGGGGAUACUGGAGUGGGAGGAUCCGACCACACCCGAGGGCAUCCUGGCGAACGUGGCCCAACAAUCCCUGCUACAGCUCCGCCAGAGCAUAGUCACACUGGACUGA